AUGGUGACAGCAGCCACGGUGACGUGUAACUCAGGUGAUCUAGAUGACAGUAGUCUUCCACCCCAGUGUAACUCAGGUGAUCUAGAUGACAGUAGUCUUCCACCCCAGUGUAACUCAGGUGAUCUAGAUGACAGUAGUCUUCCACCCCAGUGUAACUCAGGUGAUCUAGAUGACAGUAGUCUUCCACCCCAGUGUAACUCAGGUGAUCUAGAUGACAGUAGUCUUCCACCCCAGUGUAACUCAGGUGAUCUAGAUGACAGUAGUCUUCCACCCCAGUGUAACUCAGGUGAUCUAGAUGACAGUAGUCUUCCACCCCAGUGUAACUCAGGUGAUCUAGAUGACAGUAGUCUUCCACCCCAGUGUAACUCAGGUGAUCUAGAUGACAGUAGUCUUCCACCCCAGUGUAACUCCAGUGAUCUAGAUGACAGUAGAGUCUUCCAGUGUAACUCAGGUGAUCUAGAUGACAGUAGUCUUCCACCCCAGUGUAACUCAGGUGAUCUAGAUGACAGUAGAGUCUUCCAGUGUAACUCAGGUGAUCUAGAUGACAGUAGAGUCUUCCAGUGUAACCCAGGUGAUCUAGAUGACAGUAGUCUUCCACCCCAGUGUAACUCCAGUGAUCUAGAUGACAGUAGAGUCUUCCACCCCAGUGUAACUCCAGUGAUCUAG